AAGUAAGUUAUCAUCACGGUACCGGCGCUCAGACGUAAAACUUUUCCCAACCCGUCAACUGCCACGAAAGCGAUCCCACCUAACCCAUUCAAACAUGUCCCUCGAAAUUAGAUCUACUCAAGAGUUGUGAUCUAGCUCCGGACGGGACUUGUGCUAUUUUUUUCUCAGGGCAUCUUUGGGAUGUUGACGUGGAGUUGUGCGAAUUUUUUUUUGACCCUGGGUACUUCGUGCAAUUCAACGUUUGCUUUCUAUGUCCAUGCGCGAACCCUCAAUGUGACACCUUGCUUCCCAGAAACAGGCUAACACGGCAUAACUCAUUUCACAACAUUCAGUCUUUACGCUUGGCGGAUUAAAGAUUACCCAGCAUCGAAUUCCAUUCGACGCCCCCCCCCCCCCAAGAACACCAUGAAAAUCCGUCGUGCUUUCACCCAUCCAUUCGAUAACUAUGUUGAUCGAGUUGUAAUAAGCGUAUUCCAGGCCCUCGCAAUAAUCAUGACUCUUGCUCGUUUGGCGCGACGAAUCCGUAUAAGCCGAUUUUCAUGGGAUGACGCUUGGGCUGUGGUCUCACUGAUCAUUUUCACCGUUCAAACGGCUUCUGAAUGGGUGAGGAUGGCAUUAAGAGAAGACCGGGAAUCGAUGACUCCCUCCGUUUACCAGAAGAAAAUCCAGUUGUUUUUAUCACUAGGGAUAGGGUUAUUCACUGCGGCCGUCUGGACGUCCCGAAUCUCCCUCUGCUUGUCUAUCGUUCGGAUUCUCCCUCCCAGUCGACUUCGUCGGACCGCGCUGAUGUUAUCUGUGGCUUGCUUCGUUUUCGGUUCCAUCAUCACCCCGAUAAAAUCCGCUCUAUGCAACCUGGAAUUCUUGAGCCAAUAUCAAACUAUCAUGAGCUGUAGGGGUGGUAUCACGAUAUUCGUUACCCAGGUGGCAGGUGACAUUAUCUCUUCUGCGAUCCUUGUAGUCUUUCCCCUUUAUGCCCUCAGAAUAACUUCUUCCAACCUCCCGGCGGAUGAACGCAGGCUGAUAUACUUGCUUAUGACCGGCACACUGUUAACUUUAGGAGCGUGUUUGGCACAGUCUUUCUAUGUCAUCAGGAGAGAUCCAUUCGGGAUGACUUAUUCCGCUAAGAUAGAGGGUGCUGUUGCCCUCAUGGUAUGCAACCUCCUCGUUGUAGCCACGAGCAUUCACCGCCUCUUUACACGUUGCCAGCGAAGCGGGGAUCAGGAGGGGGGGGAGGGGGAGGAAGAAGAGUACAACAGUGGCGAGAAGAGCAUUGGCAUUACCACUGCUGCUGACUCCUCAGAAGACUGGAGCAAUUCUAUAUCCAGCCUGAGCUCUGAUACUGCAUCCACGGGCUUCCCGUCGCAACUCACGGAGCUAAACGAUUCUUUGUCGACGAUAUCCAACUACCCCAUUGAUCCCAAUAAUCCACCAGAUUUCACGACGCGGCCUGCACCAACGAUAGUGGUGUCGACCACUGGUCGAUGAAGCAUAAUACCUAUGGUCUGGCCAUUAUUAUUAUUAUUUAGACGCCAGAUUGGCGCUACUGUACAUACAUAUGUUCAAAUAAGUAGCGAACCCAAGUACUACAGACACGGGCUUCGGUCUUUUUCAUAAUCUAGAUAUCUCAUAAGAACCUGUUCGGAGGGUUAAUUGUCGUUGGGGUUAAUAUACGGUUUCUCCU